GCGUUAACGGCUGGCGGGGAAAGGGGCUGCUUGGUCGGCUGCCCUGGGCGGCAGGGGACCUCGCCCAGAGCCUGCUGGGACCCGCAGAGUCGUCUAACGCUCCUUGAAAAGACCUGUCUCUCUGGCGAAGUGAUGCUUUUACUUUACAAAUCAUUGCAAGACCUGAGUGGAUACUUUGCUAGUAAUAAGUCAGUCAUCAAUCAAUAUCUCUGAAACAUCCUAAACUGUGAAAAGAGAAAGAAAACAUGACAACCGUUGCUGCUAGAAAGAAAGAAGUCACUAGAGAUCUAGAUCAUUGUGAUAUCCCAUACUAUGUUUCUGAAUUUGUGGAAAGAGAAGUUGGAAAUGACUAUGAUUCUCUGAGGAAGCUAGACAACCUUAUUGAUAAGCUAUCUGAAAAUAAAAAGCAGUUAGAAGAACAGGUACUUACAGUUUCAUCAGAAGUCCCUAAAAGAAUUCAGAAUGCCUUAAAAAAUGCAGAAGAUUCUAAAAAGUCUCUGAGUCGGCUUCUAGAGGAAGAAACUCUUCUAUCUGAUUCAAUCAGUAGCCACUUACUGAAAGCUCAGCCAUGGAUGGAGGAUCUCGAUGUACUGAUUAGUCAAGUAGAAGAGAUUGAACGACACCUGUCCUAUCUUAAAUGGAUUUCACGAAUAGAAGAGUUAAGUGAUAGCAUUCAGCAAUAUUUGAUGACCAACAAUGUUCCAGAGGCAGCCAGUACUCUGGCAUUUAUGGCAGAACUGGAUAUUAAACUUCAGGAGUCAUCUUGUUCUCAUCUUCUUGCUUUUGUGAGAUCCACUGUUAAAUUCUGGCAUAAAAUUCUUAAGGACAAAUUGUCAAGUGACUUUGAAGAGGUACUAACCCAGCUCCGCUGGCCGUUUGUGGGGCCACCACAGUCUCAGGCAUUUGGCCUUGCUGCACCAGCCAUUGCUGCUGAUGUAUACAACAAUUUGGAGAUGUUGUUUUGUCAGCUCCUGAAACUGCAAACCUCAGAUGAACUGUUAACCAAACCUAAACAAUUGCCAGAAAAGUACUCUUUACCCCCAUCGCCACCCAUUAUCCUUCCAAUACAGAUCAUGCUGAAUCCUCUUCAGAAAAGAUUCAAAUAUCAUUUCACUGGAAAUAAACAAACCAAUGUUUUAAACAAGCCUGAGUGGUAUUUAACACAAGUACUUAUGUGGAUUGGAAAUCAUGCAAAGUUCCUUGAUGACAAAAUCCAGCCAAUACUGGACAAGGCAGGAUCUUCAGUGAAUGCUGGGCUUGAAUUCUCUCGUGCUCUAGUAAUGCUGAUUUUGGAGAAGCUGGCUGUCGAUAUUCCAUGCCUGUUGUAUGAUGAUACACUCUUCUGCCACCUUGUGGAUGAGGUACUUCUAUUUGAGAGAGAGUUAUACAGCGUUCAUGGUUAUCUCAGCAGCUUUCCCAGUUGCAUGCAUAUUCUGUCAGAAGAAUCCUGCUUCCAAAGGUGGCUAACAGUGGAAAAAAAAUUUGCUCUUCAGAAAAUGGACUCUAUGCUUUCAUCAGAGGCUGCAUGGAUAUCGCAAUACAAAGACAUCACCGAUGUAGAUGAAAUGAAAGUCCCAGACUGCGCUGAAACUUUUAUGACUCUGUUGUUAGUAAUAACAGACAGGUACAAGAAUCUUCCAACAGCUUCCAGAAAGCUACAGUUCCUGGGCCUACAGAAGGAGUUAGUUGAUGAUUUCAGGAUACGAUUAACUCAAGUAAUGAAGGAAGAGACUAGAGCUUCCUUAGGAUUCCGAUACUGUGCAAUCCUUAAUGCUGUUAACUAUAUAGCAACAGUGUUGGCAGACUGGGCUGACAAUGUGUUCUUCUUGCAGCUGCAGCAGGCCGAACUGGAGGUUCGUGCAGAAAGUAAUGCUGUCAGUAAACUACAGCUAGGGCAGCUGGCUUCGAUGGAGAGUUCUGUCUUUGAUGAAAUGAUUAACCUCCUGGAACGCCUGAAACACGACAUGCUGACUCGUCAAGUAGAUCAUGUCUUCAGAGAGGUCAAAGAUGCUGCAAAGCUGUACAAAAAAGAGAGGUGGUUAUCUUUACCAUCUCAAGCAGAGCAAGCAGUAAUGUCUUUAUCGAGCACAGCUUGCCCAAUGUUGCUGACCCUACGAGACCGCUUGCUACAACUAGAACAGCAACUCUGUCACUCACUGUUCAAAAUUUUCUGGCAAAUGCUUGCAGAGAAAGUGGAUAUAUACAUAUAUCAGGAAAUAAUUAUGGCAAAUCAUUUCAAUGAAGGAGGAGCAGCACAACUCCAGUUUGACAUGAGUAGAAAUCUGUUCCCUUUAUUUUCACACUACUGCAAGAGGCCAGAAAACUACUUCAAGCACAUAAAAGAAGCCUGCAUUAUCCUGAACCUGAACGUUGGCUCUGCCUUGCUUCUGAAGGAUGUACUACAGUCAGCUUCAGAAAAUGAAACAUUAAAGCCAAACCAGCCAUCUCCAACAGCAGCGCUAAAUGAACUUGGAGUUUAUAAAUUAGCUCAAAAGGAUGUUGAGAUUCUUCUCAAUUUGAGAGCUAGUUGGCCAAAUACGGGAAAAUAAAGACGUCUUCAGAAAUGAUUAAUAACUUGGUCUAGAUUACCUAUUUCAAACAAAAGCAAAGCAAAUAUGUUGUAAUAUACCUGGGUUCUUUUUUCAAUACUGUAUGCUGAACCACUGGUUUAAUCUAAUCUUAUGCCUUCUUGUAUACAGUUUAAAAAAAUAAUAGAAAAUGCUACAGCCUUGGUUUCAAA